AUGGACGUCUCUGAAGAAUUGUAUUUAUUAGAUACCAAUCCAGUUAUCAAGUAUUUGUUAUUGACUAAAAAAAAAGAAAAACAAUUUUGGGUUAAUGAUAUUUUUGAAGAGAGGGAAAAAUUUGGAGAAUUUCACACACUUUUCCCCAAGCUUUUGGCUCAACCAAUUAAAUUUUUCAAGUAUAUGCGAAUGUCUCCUAGUACUUUUUAUUAUAUUUUAGAAAAAAUUCAACCUUUUUUAGAAAAACAAUCUAAUUUUAGGAAAUGCAUUACAUCUGCGGAAAAAUUAACAGUUACUUUGAGGUAA